GAUGUUUUUCUCUGGUGGGCAGUGUGGCCAUGUUGGCAGACCUGAAGAACUUUUACUGAUGUUGAAGAUAUUCCUUGUCAUUGGUCUUCAUGCUGUUCUGGUUACAUCCCUGGAAGAGAAUGCUGAUAAUUCCAGUCUGUUACCACCAUCUGCUGACUCUCUUGUUGGCUUUGUCCCCUACCCUAAUGGUACUCCAGAGGUUGAAACUACAAGCCUAAAUGAUGCUACUUCAACCAUGUUACCUACUUCAAACGACACAGAAAAAACUAAAAUCACUAUAGUAAACACCAUCAGUGUAUCAGGAGUCAAACCCCAGAGAAAUAUCUGCAAUUUGUCAUCUAUUUGCAAUGACUCAGCAUUUUUUAGAGGUGAGAUAAUGUUUCAAUAUGACGAAGAAAGCAAUGUUACUCAGAAUCAAAAUAUGGCUAAUGGCACCUUAACUGGAGUCCUGUCUCUAAGUGAAUUGAAACGAACAGAGCUCAACAAAACCCUGCAAACCCUAAGUGAGACUUAUUUUAUAGUGUGUGCUACAGAAGAGGCUCAAAGCACAUUAAAUUGUACAUUCACAAUAAAACUGAAUAAGACAAUGAACAUAUGUGCCGCAAUGGUGGCUUUGGAAAGAGGAAAGAUUCACCCGUUGGAACAGUGCUGCUGUUCUGUCAGAAUAUCCUGCCCUUCCUCCCCAGAAGAAUUAGAAAAACUGCAGUGUGACUUGCAGGAUCCAAUUAUGUGUCUUGCUGAUGGUUAUCCACGUGACCCACCAGUUCCUUCUUCUGGCAAUUCCGUCCAAGUUACUCCUCAGGCCACCACUCUUUCUCGGGUCUCCAGUGCCUCCUCCUUAUCUGAGUCCCAAUAUCAUCCAUCUGUUGCCACCCAGAACUCAACAGGGGUGAUCCACCCUCCUUCUCUCCGGCCUUCAGCUCCCAAAGGUUAUAGCCCUACCAUUGAUACACUCCUCCAAUCCGGAACUAUCUCUUCCCCUAGUCUGCAAACUGGUACUUCCCUGCCACCUGUGAAGUCCUCACUUCGCUCUCCCACCACAUCUGCCCCUGUGGAUGUCAUCCGGACCAGUACAUCUCCUGACAAGACAGAACUUGUUCACACCAGCAGCAUCAGUGUUUCUGAUCUUGAGAGCCAAGUGUCUCAGAUGGAGAAAGUGCUGUCCUUAGGCAGCUUGGAGCCCAAUAUUGCAGGAGAAAUGAUAAACCAAGUCAGCAAACUCCUCCGUUCCCCACCUGCCUUGCUGGCUCCUCUGGCCCAAAGAUUGCUAAAAGUAGUGGAUGACAUUGGCUUACAGCUGAAUUUUUCAACCAAGACCAUAAGUCUAACCUCCCCUUCUUUGGCUCUGGCUGUGAUCAGAGUGAAUUCCAGUAAUUUCAACACAACUACCUUCGCUGCCCAAGACCCUACAAAUCUUCAGGUUUCUCUGGAAACUGAGGCUCCUGAGAAUAGUAUUGGCAUUAUUUCUCUGCCCGCAUCACUGAUGAGUAAUUUACCAGCUAAUGAUGUACAGCUAGCUUCCAGGGUACAGUUCAACUUUUUUGAAACACCUGCCCUGUUUCAGGACCCUUCCCUGCAGAACCUCUCUCUGAUCAGCUACGUCAUAUCAUCAAGUGUUGCAAACCUGACUGUCAAGAACUUGACAAGAAACGUGACAGUUAUAUUAAAGCACAUCGACCAAAGCCAGGAUGACUUAACAGUAAGAUGCGUAUUUUGGGACUUAGGCAGAAACGGUGGCAGAGGAGGCUGGUCUUCCGAUGGCUGCUCCGUCAAACACAGGAGGCUGAAUGAAACCAUCUGUACCUGCAGCCACCUUACGAGCUUUGGCGUCCUACUGGAUCUAUCACGAACAUCCUUGCCAGCAGCUCAAAUGAUGGCUCUGACGUUUAUCACAUAUAUUGGUUGUGGGCUUUCAUCAAUUUUUCUGUCAGUUACUCUUGUAACCUACAUAGCCUUUGAAAAGAUCCGGAGGGAUUACCCUUCCAAAAUUCUCAUCCAGCUUUGUGCCGCUCUGCUCCUGCUGAAUCUGGUUUUUCUCUUGGAUUCAUGGGUUGCUCUGUAUGACAUGCAAGCCCUCUGCAUCUCAGCAGCUGUAUUUUUGCAUUAUUUUCUCUUGGUCUCAUUUACAUGGAUGGGCCUAGAAGCAUUCCAUAUGUAUCUGGCUCUUGUCAAAGUGUUCAAUACUUACAUCCGAAAAUACAUCCUUAAAUUCUGCAUCAUCGGUUGGGGAGUACCAGCUGUGAUUGUAUCCAUUGUCCUGACUAUAUCCCCAGAUAACUAUGGGCUUGGAUCAUAUGGGAAAUUCCCUAAUGGCUCGCCUGAUGACUUUUGCUGGAUCAAUAGCAAUGCUGUGUUCUACAUUACAGUUGUGGGAUAUUUCUGUGUGAUAUUUUUGCUGAAUGUCAGCAUGUUCAUUGUGGUCCUGGUCCAGCUCUGUCGAAUUAAAAAGAAGAAGCAACUAGGAGCCCAGCGAAAAACCAGUAUUCAAGACCUCAGGAGCGUUGCUGGCCUUACAUUUUUACUGGGAAUCACUUGGGGCUUUGCCUUCUUUGCCUGGGGACCAGUUAAUGUCACCUUCAUGUAUCUCUUUGCCAUCUUUAACACCUUACAAGGAUUUUUCAUAUUCAUCUUUUACUGUGUAGCAAAAGAGAAUGUCAGAAAGCAAUGGAGGCGGUAUCUUUGUUGUGGAAAGUUACGGCUGGCUGAAAAUUCUGACUGGAGCAAAACUGCUACUAAUGGUUUAAAGAAGCAGACUGUAAACCAAGGAGUGUCCAGCUCUUCAAAUUCCCUACAGUCAAACAGUAACUCCACCCAUUCCACCACACUGCUAGUGAAUAAUGAUUGCUCAGGACUCAUGAGCGGGAAUGGGAAUGCUUCUACAGAGAAGAAUGGUGUUUCUUUCAGUGUUCAGAACGGAGAUGUGUGCCUUCAUGAUUUCACUGGAAAACAGCACAUGUUUAAUGAGAAAGAAGAUUCCUAUAAUGGUAAAAGUCGUAUCGCUCUCAGAAGGACUUCAAAGCGGGGAAGCUUACACUUUAUUGAGCAAAUGUGA